GGUUUUAUCCUCUAGCUUUUGGAUUUGUUGAUUCUGAGACAGAGGAGAAUUGGACUUGGUUUCCUCAACAUUUUGCUGCUAUAUUGUUACUGAUGGGGAAAAUGGUGACUUUUUCUCAGACCGCAAUCAAGAAUUUGAUAUCGAAGUACCCGAAGUCAGGUUAUGGGAAAUUGUUCCAAGACCAUGUUAUCAAUCUAUUUAGUAAAUACGCAUAUGCUGUUACGGAGGAAGAGUUUAAAGUAGCAAUGGAUGAGUUGGUGAUUGUUGAGAGUUUGAAAGUGAAGACAUUUAUAUUUGAUUUGUCUAGAGAUCACUAUGCCAAUGCUUUUUUCAAAGGAAUGCGUUACGGGGAGAUGGCAAACAGUUUAGCUGGGUCGUUUAAUAAUUGGAUGGAAACAAGACUAUGGGAAAACACGGAGGCUGGUAGGACUUGGGCAGUUCGUCGUUCUAGUUGCAUUGUUUUUGAAGUAUUUGCUGGUUAUUCUGUGACGGUUGAUCUUGGGCAAAGGACAUGUUCUUGCCGUCUUUGGCAAAUUGAUGGUUUUCCUUGUACGCAUGUCGUGGUUGCAAUUCUAGCAAAGAAAGAUUCGGUUUAUGAUUACGUUAAGUGUUACUACAGUUCUGACUUCUUUCGAAAAGUCUAUGAGAGUCCUAUUUUUCCUAUUCCAUAUAUUGGGAAAGGUUUGGCAGUAACGGUUCAGUUGCUGGAGUUGUGCUUCCGCCAAUUACAAAGAGGCCAGUCAAAAGACCACCAACGAAGAGGAUCAAAGCUUUUGGUGAAGUUACAAGGCCAUUGA